GUGGCCGUGUUGCUCGACUCGUUGCGCGAGACGGUCGAGGAGAACGCACUCCUGGAGGUGAUGGAUGCUGUCGACGACAAGGGCAAGCCCGCCAUCUCGAGCGACAUGCUCGGCAGCUUCGAGUUCGGGAUCCCACUUGUGCGUUGUUAUCAACCGCGUGCCGAAGAUGCAUACGCGAUCGACUCCAACGGCAUUCUGAAAGUCGGAGCCCAGGGCAAGUUUGAGUUCGAGUGCAGCGGGCCCCCAUCAGCGCAGGUUGGUCAGCCGCUCAUCAAAGAAACCAACGAUAUCGAAUCCAACGGCACCCUGAACGUCGACGCCCAG